AUGUUGCAGACUGAAAAAACAACUAAGCCAACAGAAAUAAUAAUGGAAGAAGGUGAAUUAGCCGAAGUUACAACACUCGAUAGAAGCGAACAAUCUCGGACACUAAAUGAAAAUGAUGAAAAAGAUUUACCGGAAAGUACGGAAAUAUUUGAUAAUGAAUUAUCAUCACCAAUCGCUCUAAUCACUGAUGGAAAAUCAAGCAAUAUUGUUAUCAAAAAUGAAUGCUUUGGUGUGAUGCGGAAAAAUUUUAAUGUACGAAAAAUGCAUACUGCUGUAAAGCUAAAUGAAUUAAUGCGAGAGAAAAGUCCGGAUGCGCAGCUUGUCAUCGUUAAUUUACCUGGACCACCAGAACUUGGAAGUGGACAAUAUUAUAUGGAAUUUAUUGAAGCAUUAACGGAAGGUUUACAGAGGAUUUUAUUGGUAAGAGGUACCGGUACCGAGGUUGUUACCAUAUAUUCAUGA